UGUAUAACAAAACUGUGAAACAAUAAAAAUGUGAAACAAUAAAAAAUUGACGCAUGUUCGAAUUGGAAGUGAAUUGGGGCAUAUAGAAUUAUUGACGUCUGUCCCAUUUGAUAAUUAAUCCUCAACAAUUCUCAUUUUCUAUCGAAACGCAAUCGUUAUAUUAAAUUGUUAUGCUAAUCGGCUGUGGAUACGGUUUGCGCACAAAAGGUUUAGAAAUGAUUGCAGUUUGUGCUUGUCUAUCACAAGACUGUCGCGAAAUAUAAACAAAUCACUUGUAUAUAUUAUCUAUAUAUCUUUCAAUUUGGGCCACGUUAAUUCGCUUUCAAGUUGUUUCGUCUUCUUGUACCGCCACUGAAAACGUAAAAGGAAAAAUCGGAAGGCUUCUUUCGCAGGAUAAUAAUCAUUAAAAGAUCAACGAAGACAAGAAUCAAGACACAACAGUCAGCGACAAUAUCAACACUGCUUUUCAACCUCAUUUUUGGAGAAAGAAAAAAAAAGGGAAGAUUCUACGAGUUACCUCUGGGUUCAACAUAGUCGUAGACAGAGUGUUGUAAAACUGAAGUUUGUGUUCGCUUCCUACUUUAUACAAGCAACUGGUGAAGAAGGCAAAUUAUAUUUAGACAUGGUUACUCCGACCUAAAUUGAGAAGAAGCUUAUCUCAGAUUAAAUACAGGCAUGAUGAAUUUGGCAUAAGAGCAUCGAAAUUUCGUCGAAUUGACCAACUUGGUGUAGAAUAAAUUCUGACAAACAAAAGCGUCGCCGUUGUUAAAAUCAUAAAUUGAAUAUAAUUGUAUGAUCUUGUAUCAUUAAAACGAGUAGAAACUCGCUGGCUACCACAUUAAAAAACGAGGUAAAAUUACUGUCAUCAACAAAUAUUCACUUCGCUUCUCUGGCGAAGUGAAUGACAAUUACGAGAAAAGGAACUCUGCCAAAAAUACAAGUGUGUCAAUACAUCAGAAAUUUCCCGCAAACGUUUUUAACGUUGAAACGGGGCUGGAGUAAACCAUUAAAUCGAAAACGAAGGACUAAAAUUGAAAGCAAGAAACUUAUCAGGGAAAUUAAAUUUAUAGCAGCUGAAAUUUAUCGCAUGUGAAAUUGUAAACGGCACAAAGCAAAUCAGAUUGAAAAGGAGCCCCAACAGGGGAUAUUUAAAAAAGAUGCGUGCUGAAUUAAAAACAGCAGGUCUCCAUCAAACUUGGCCGCCAAAAUCAAACAGAUCCCUAAUCCUUAUCGAGGCAGUCCAUUCCGAGCGACAUCGUCAGUUGCGACUUCUCCUCGAUGCCGGGGUCAAUGUAAACUGUCAAGAUCCCGAAACGGGACACACGCCUCUUAUCCGUGCCAUGUUUAUCGAAAACGCCCGACAACGACGGGCCAUUGUAAAGACCUUACUCGGCUACGGCGGAAGAGUUGAAAAAACUGACCGCGAAGGCAAAACUGCGUUCGCGUGGGCUUGCCUUUUGGGGAGAAAUGAUGUUAUACGAUAUCUGUUUAGAGAAAUCCAUUUAGAUAUUGGACUUGGUUCGAUAGACAGUUCUGGUAACGAUAAUCUGACCCUGGCUUGCGCUUCGGGAAAUCCGACUACGGUACGACUGAUAGCAGAUGCAUUCCGAAAAGCCAGGAUCGAUAUGAAUCGACGAAACUUGAACGAUGAGAAUGCGAUUAUGACUGCGCAUCGGUUAGGGUUUUACGAUUGUGUGAAAGUUCUCGUCGAAGAUGGGUACGUUGCAACGACAAUGCCGAAGGAAGUACUGUAUGGUGAGGAGAGAGGUACCUCGAGCGUUCAUGCUCGGGUGUUGCAACAGGCUCCUAACCGCUGUAUCACUUUGCCACAGAUCUUUUCAAUGUACAGCGAUCAUUUGACCAAUUCUUUUCCUCGUUCAAUUUCAAAGCGAUAAGACCGAUACUGAAUAUUCUAUAAUGCGUG